UUUCCGUUGCACACGUACUUUCUUCAGAUCCUCAAAACAAUCAUGAGCAUCCAUCUAUUUGACUCAAACACCAUAACCCCCUGCCUCAGUAUGGAUCAACGUGAUCCUAUCGAACUGAGCACUGAGAUGAUUCGGGAUAAGGAAAGCGAAACGGACGUUGAACCUGCUAAUGAACCUGCAAAAAUGCCCGAGUCCAAAGAUCCCAAUCUUGUUGACUUCGACGGCCCAGCAGACCCCGCGAACCCUCAGAACUUCACCAAUCUGCGCAAAUGGAUCAUCACGUUGACGAUGUCUUCUAUGACCGCAUGGAUCGCCUUUGCGUCCAGUGUCUUUUCGGCUGCGACCAAGGUGACCGCGGAAAAAUUCAAUGUGUCUACUGAGGUCAUGAUUCUCGGUACUAGUCUGGUUGUGUUUGGUUUCGCGCUAGGUCCUCUGUUCUGGGCGCCUCUAAGUGAACUAUACGGCCGUCGUAUUCCGCUGUUCUCGGGUUAUCUCAUCUUCGCCAUCUUCCAGAUUCCCGUGGCAGUUGCGCAGAACGUUGAAACCAUCCUGGUCUGCCGUUUUUUCGUUGGUCUCUUUGGCUGCUCGUCUUUGGCUGUCGUCGGCGGUGCUAUGGCUGAUAUCUGGGAUCCUGUGGAUCGCGCAGUGGCUAUUGCUAUAUUCAGCUCAGCUACUUUCCUGGGACCUGUUCUCGGUCCAAUUGUUGGUGGAUUCAUCACAGAUUCAUACCUUGGUUGGCGCUGGACUGCAUGGAUUACCUUGAUUGCAUCCGGUACCAUUGGUUUGAUCGCCCUCUUCGUUAUUCCCGAGACCUACGCCCCAGCCAUUCUACAAAAGCGAGCUGCCCGUCUUCGCGUCGAGACGAACAACCAGGCCUUGUAUUCCUUCUUGGAUAAACACAAGCCCUCGAUGUCUGACAUCGUUACCAAGUACAUAUUCCGACCCCUGCAGAUGCUCGUUCAAGAGCCAAUUCUGCUCGCCAUCACUUUGUACAUCGCCUUGAUCUACGGAAUCCUCUAUCUCUUCUUCGAGGCCUACCCAAUCUCCUUCGGUGAAGUCCGGGGCUGGACUCACGAAGGCAUAGCUGCCCUCCCAUUCAUCGGCCUUCUCAUCGGCGUCAUUAUCGGUGUCUGCCUCGUCAUCUACACCACAAAGACCCGGUUUGCACGCAAACUUGCAAAACACGGCAAAGUUGUGCCGGAAGAGCGUCUUGUGCCAAUGAUGGUCGCAUCGGUGCUGCUGCCAAUGGGUCUGUUCUGGUUCGGCUGGACUUCAAACCCACACAUCUCAUGGGUGCCGCAGGUCAUUUCUGGUGUACCUAUCGGUCUGGGUAUCCUGGUUAUCUUCAUGCAGGGUCUGAACUAUAUCAUCGAUGUUUACAUGAUGUUCGCCAACUCCGCCAUCGCGGCGAACACUCUUAUCCGCUCUAUAAUCGGUGGUGCAUUCCCUCUUUUUGCCACGCAUAUGUACCGGAAUCUCGGUGUUAGCUGGGCAACUAGUGUGCUGGGCUUUGUAAGUGUGGCUAUGGUUCCCAUUCCGUUCUUGUUCUUCAUCUUUGGUGCUAGGAUCCGCGCUAUGAGCAAGUUCAGCCCUAAGUUUUAG